AGUUGUAUUCCAUUUUCUGCUCGCAUCUGCAACACCUUAUACGGUUACACAGCUUACUUACUACAUUUCCCAGAAUCCUUCGCGCGUGGUUGCGAAAACGUUAGAGAAAAUGAAGAAUUUCUCCGCAGAGUUCGCUUACAGGCUGUGAAGGCCCUACUCUACAUGGCUUUGAUGGAUUAUGAACUCCGGUAAAGCGUGCUACAACCGUUUUUCAGGAGGAUUGCCCAUUGAUGCCACUGUUAGUAGUUUAUCUGAUGUCAGUAACUGGGUGAGAAACACAGCGCUGUUCACGUCAGUAACGAAUACAGUGGAGACCAGAAUGGAAUCUACUUUUGGACCCACGUUUUCUGCAGUCGCUCCAGUCAGCAAAGCCGAGACGACCGGUAAUUACAAACAGCACCGCAGGACCCCUUCGUCCUCCAGCACCCUGACCUACUCUCCACGGGACGACGAUGAUGGCAUGCCCCCUAUCAGUACACCACGCCGGUCAGACUCAGCCAUCUCUGUUCGCUCUCUUCACUCGGAGUCCAACAUGUCACUGCGCUCCACUUUCUCUCUGCAUGAGGAAGAGGAAGACACGGAGCCACAGGUGUUUGCAGAACAGCCAUCAGUUAAGCUGUGCUGCCAGCUGUGCUGCAGUGUUUUCAAGGACCCUGUCAUCACCACCUGUGGGCACACCUUCUGCAGGCGAUGUGCUUUAACCUCAGAGAAAUGCCCAGUGGACAACUCAAAGCUGACCGUGGUGGUGAAUAACAUCGCUGUGGCUGAGCAGAUCGGAGAGCUGUUUGUCCACUGCAAAUAUGGCUGCCGGCCCUCAGCCUCGGGCAAACCAGGAGCUUUCGAGGUCGAUCCACUGGGCUGUCCCUUCACCAUCAAACUCAGCACCAGAAAGGAUCAUGAGGGGAGCUGUGAUUACCGUCCAGUUCGUUGCCCAAACAACCCCAACUGCCCUCCGCUGCUCACCAUGAACCUGGAGGCUCAUCUGAAGGAGUGUGAACACAUCAAAUGCCCUCAUUCUAAAUACGGCUGCACCUUCAUCGGUAACCAGGACACAUAUGAGACCCACCUUGAGGUGUGCAAGUUUGAGGGUUUGAAGGAGUUCCUGCAACAGACGGAUGAUCGCUUCCAUGAGAUGCAGGUGACACUGGCACAGAAAGACCAGGACAUCUCCUUUCUUCGCUCAAUGCUGGGCAAAUUGUCAGAAAAACUGGAUCAGCUUGAGAAGAAUCUGGAGCUCAAGUUCGAUGUGCUGGAUGAGAACCAGAGCAAGCUAAGUGAAGAUCUGAUGGAGUUUCGCAGAGAUGCCUCUAUGCUUAAUGAUGAGUUGUCCCAUAUUAAUGCCAGGCUGAACAUGGGUAUCCUGGGCUCGUACGACCCUCAGCAGAUCUUUAAGUGUAAGGGCACAUUUGUGGGCCACCAGGGGCCGGUGUGGUGUUUGUGUGUUUACUCCACCGGUGACCUGCUCUUCAGCGGAUCCUCUGACAAAACCAUCAAGGUAUGGGACACAUGCACCACAUAUAAGUGCCAGAAGACGCUGGAGGGCCAUGAUGGGAUUGUGCUUGCAUUGUGUAUUCAGGGGAAUAAGUUGUACAGUGGCUCGGCUGAUUGCACAAUCAUUGUUUGGGACAUCCAGACCCUGCAGAAAGUGAACACAAUUCGUGCACAUGAUAACCCAGUGUGCACACUUGUUUCCUCACACAACAUGCUCUUCAGUGGCUCCCUCAAAGCCAUCAAGGUGUGGGACAUUGUAGGAACAGAGCUGAAGCUGAAGAAAGAACUGACUGGUUUAAAUCACUGGGUUCGAGCUCUGGUCGCAUCCCAGAACCAUCUGUACAGUGGAUCCUACCAAACCAUAAAGAUCUGGGACAUCCGUUCCCUGGAGUGUGUCCAUGUUCUCCAGACCUCUGGGGGCAGUGUGUACUCAAUCGCUGUCACCAACCACCACAUAGUGUGUGGCACCUAUGAGAAUCUCAUCCAUGUGUGGGACAUUGAAUCUAAAGAGCAGGUGCGGACGCUGACGGGUCAUGUUGGAACAGUCUAUGCCCUGGCGGUCAUCUCCACUCCAGACCAGACCAAAGUGUUCAGUGCCUCCUAUGACCGCUCACUCAGGGUGUGGAGUAUGGACAACAUGAUCUGCACCCAGACUCUGCUGAGGCACCAGGGCAGUGUAACGGCUUUGGCUGUCUCCAGGGGACGCCUCUUCUCUGGAGCUGUGGACAGCACAGUGAAGGUGUGGACGUGCUAAAGAGGCUACAGCAGAACGUUACAGCUUCUCCUUGCUUCUGAACCACACAGUGGACCUGUAACUCAGUGUGGAUUUAUAUUCUGACUUCACCACUUUUAAAGAAGAGGCCAAAUGCAGGGGAAUGAAUAGGGUUUCCUGGUUUUGGAUCUAAGACUAAAUGCAGAUUAGCAGCUGAACGAGGCUGUUUGCCUUAAGAACUCCACAGCCCGUCUGAGUCUCGCUAUCAGCUGAUUUUGGUCAUUCAAGGCUUUAAAACGGCCCCUGUAAACAAAGUGACUGUCUGGGUCUGUAAAUAGCGCCUGUGCUUGGAUUUAAUGAAGUCUGCUCUUUCUGAUCUGCUUGAGCUGAUGGUGCAGGCUUCGUUUUUUGGACAGUGACCUUGGAGCCUCAGUGUGACUUGGCACGAGUGCUGACAGAACGUCUUUCUGAACAGGAAGAAAAUUCCCAGUGCAAGCCGUGAAAAAAACAGCAGGAAGCCACAGAGGCCAUUUGAUCCGUUUUUAAUGAAUUUUAAUCAGAAUGUGUGAGUAGAGGGGAGCGUCAGUAAGUUCCACUCACAGCACAAACUGUUCUGUAACCAAUCCGCUUCACCAUCACUCCAGAUUUUCUAUUUUUCAUUUAAAGCACUCUUAUUAAUCCACUCCAACUUCACUCUGUAUUUUGUGCUUUCUUAUUUGUUACACUGCAGAUACGUGUUGUAUAAGUUUAUAUUCAUACUCUGGUUUAAAUAUAAAGAAGUGGGUGUUACUGCUGCUGAAGGUGGGAGGAGCCAUGUUGAUUUGAUGUCAUACUCAGAGAAAACAGCGUGUCAUCCCAGUUUUGGAGCAUUUAUUUUUUACUUUUCCAUUUGGGAGUUGGGAUUUAUGAGCACUUGUUACAUGCAGCUUUAGCUCAAUUCAUUUUAUGGUUUCUGCUGAAAGUAUCAAAGCAAUGUUUAAUCUAAACUUUCUAAAAUUGUGCUCUGCAUUCAGACGAAAUAGCACCACUACUCACACACACUGAUACUCUCAGUGAAUGCUAAAUGAAUGAAUGCUAAGUGCUUACUGAAUGAAUUAUAACUGAAUGAGUGCUGGAUGAAUGCUAACUAAAUAAGUGAGUUCUUAGUGUUUAAGUGCUAACUGAACGAUUGUUAGCCGAGUUUAUGCUGUAUGAAUGCUAAGUACUAACUGAGUGAGUGAUUACUGAGGAACUGCUGAACCAGCGCUAACUGAUUGAAUACUAACUGCAUUGGUAUCAUAGCUGUUAGUCUGUUGUGCUACUGCAGUGUCUGAUGAGAGAAAUACCUGCUCUGUCAUGUGUUUGUGUCAGUCAGAUGUUUGGGAUGUUUUUUAAGAUGGUUUGAACUUUAUCUCUCCAAGACUGAAAAACAGUAACAGUGAGAGAAUUCAUGUCUCAAACAGAAGUGUUUUCCAAUGUUCUCAGUUGCCAGAGCUUGUGUGAAGUGUGUGUAUCCCUGAUGUACAGUGGUAUGAAAAAGUUUAAAAUUUUCAUGAUUUUUCUGUAUAAAUCAUUGGUUGUUCAGAUCAGAAAUUUCAGUUAAAUAUAUCAUAUAGCAGAUGAACACAGUGAUAUUUGAGAAGUGAAUGAAGUUUAUAGGAUUUACAGAAAGUGUGCAAUAAUUCUUUGAACAAAUUUAGGCAGGUGAAUAAAUUUAGGCACCCCAACAGAAAAAAUACAUUUAUAUUUAAGAGAUUCUUCUUUUGCAGAAAUAACAGCCUUUUAGCUUCCAGUGAGAGUCUGGCUUCUAGUUAAAGGUAUUUUAGACCAGUUUUCCUUAGAAAGCAUCUCCAGUUCAGUCCGGUUUGAUGGUUUCUGAUCAUGAACAGCCUGCUUUAAAUCACACCACAGAUUUUUAAUAAUAUUCAGGUCUGUGGACUGAGAUGGCUGAACAACCAUGAUUUCUAAAGGAAAAUAAUGGAAAUUUCAGGGGUACACAAACUUUUGUAUACCACUGUACUCCUUCGUAUUCACUUUUUCAUCAGUUUAGAUAAAUAGGAGUCUGUAAAAAAGAAUCAGUGCACUUACAGUGGUGUGAAAAAGUGUUUGCCCCUUCAUGAUUUUCAAUUUUAAAUGUUUCAGAUCAUCUAACAAAUUUAAAUAUUAGUCAAAGACAGCACAAGUGAAUACAAAAAGUAUUUUUUAAAUAAAUGUUUUUAGGAGAGAAUAAUUCCAAACCUUAAUGGCUUUGUGUGAAAACAUAGCUGUGGUUUGUUCAUAGCUGUGGUGGAAUAUUUCUAGCCACAUGCAGGUCUGAUUACUGCCACACCUGUUAUCAAGAAAUUACAGGACCUGCCUGAAGUAGGUCAAAAGAUACUUAAAUCUGUACCUCAUGCCAGUAUCCAAAGAAAUUCAGGACCAAAUAAGAAAGAAAGUAAUUUAGAUCUAUCAGUCGUUUCUAAAGUUUUGGGACUACAGCAAACCACAGUAAGAGCAAUUUUUCACAAAUGGAAAAACAGUGAUAAAUGUACGCGGGAGUGGCCAGACGACUAAAAAUACCCCAAGAGCACAGCAACGACUCAUCCAAAAGGUCACAAAAGACCCCACAACAACAUCCAAAGAAAUGCAUGCUUCACUUGCCUGAAUCAAGGUCAGCAUUUAUGACUCCACCAUAAGAGAGAGACUGGGUAAAAAAAUGUCCUUCAUGGCAGAGUGCCAAGAUAAAAAACACUGCUGAGCAAAAAAGAACAUUAAGCCUCGUCUUAAUUUUGCCAGAAAACAUCUUGAUGAUCCCCAAGACUUUUGAGAAAAUACUGUUUGAACUUACAACAAUAAAGCUGAACAUUUUGGAAGGUGAAAAAAGUAACACCGCAUUUCAUAAAAAGAACAUCACAUCAACAGUAAAACAUGGUGGUGGUAGUGUGAUGCUCUGGGCUGUUUCGCUGCGUCAGGGCCUGAAAAACUUGCUGUGAUAAAAAAAAAAAAAAGUGAAUUCUGCUGGCAAUUAAAAAAUCCUGAAGGAGCAUGCUGACCAUGUUUGUAACCUGAAGCUGAAACAAACUUGGGUUCUGCAGCAGGACAAUGAUCCAAAACACACCAGCAAGUCCACCUCUGGAUGGAUGAAGAAAAACAAAAUGAAGAGUUUGUGGCCUAGUCAAAGUACUGAUCUGAAUCUGAUCGAGAUGCUGUGACACGACCUUAAAAAGGCCGUUUAAACGGAAAAAACCCUACAAUGAGGCUGAAUUACAACAAUUCUGUAAAGAAGUGUGGGCCGAUUAUUCUCCACAUCGCUGUGAAAGACUUAUUGCAAGUUACCGCAAACACUUGAUUGCAGUUAUUAGGUUUAGGGGCAAACACUUUUUCACACAGGGACAUGUAGGUUUGGAUUUUUUCUCAUUUAAUAAUAACAUUUUUUUUUGCAUGACAAACAUGCAAAAAGUCACAAAGGGGGAAACCCUUUUUAACACCACUGUAUGAAGUUACUGCAGACUGAACAUACAGAGCCUGGUUUUGAGGUGCGGAGGGUGUUUAAGACUGCUCUAGCUAAGAAAACAAGAAACGGUGUCAUGGAGUGCCAAAUGUUUAAAUACAGAAUCAGUGUUGAGUUUUCUCAUGCAGCUGUUUUAUUUUAGUGUGAUUUUAGCAUCGCCUCUUGAACAAAAUCACUAAAAGUUGUGAAUACAUUUUAUUGUACUACCACACUUGUCUGUGAUGUGCUGUUUUUGUGUCUGAUAUUGUGGAUUCUUUUUUCUCUACAGUCUCUGAUUAUUAAAACGAUCAGAACACAUUCCUGAA